AUGCAUGAUGGUUUCUUGAGGGACCAAGCUGAGCGCACUCAAAGACAAUUGGAUGAGGAAGAGCUGGAACAAGUGAAGGAAGAGGCCAAGGAGCAAUGGAAAAGGUUUAACAACUCACAGAAAGCAGAAAUAGCAAAGUGGCAGGAAGAAAAAGCACACUUGGCUGCACUCAAGCAAAAAGUGCUACCAAAGCCAUCGGAGGUCCAAAUGAGGGAGUGGAUGGCCAAAAAUUACAUAUCCACAGCUUCAACAAAGCCUCUUGUGUCACUGGGGGCAUCAGGGAGUGCAGAACAAUCACAGGGUCUGGUGUGGAGUUUUACGACAACAGGUUUCAAAAUCUGGACCAUUGAGGGGUGA